UCUUCACCCUGAGCAACAGAAGUGGAGCUUCAGGAUGCAGACGGAGGAGCCACAGCCCUUCCACAUUAAGAAGGAAGAGGAAUACCCACUGACCCCCAUUUUUAAAGAGGAAUAGUAGGACCCACAGACACCCCAUUUUAAAAAGGAAGCGGUGGAUCAAAUGAGCCCUCACAUUAAGGAGGAAGAGGAGGAACACAGCAUCAGUCAGCAGGGAGAGCAUCUUGAAGGACUGGAGGAGGUUGAUGUCACCAAGAUGCCAGUGACUGGUGUCCCUGUGAAGAGUGAAGGUGAUGAGGUGAAAGGUGAAAGUGAGGAGAGGGGAGGGGGGGAGCCUCCAAGCAGCAGCUCAACACAACACAUGACAACAGAAGCUGAUGGAGACCACUGUGGAGGAUCACAAGCAGACAAGCUCUUAGCUCCACUAUCAGAUAGUGAGGACACAACGUCACACUCUCCUGACACUGAUGAUGAAGACUCUAAAGAUGAUAAGACAUGUCACACUGACAACACUCACUUCACAUCUUCUCUCUGUCACAAAACUUUUAAAUACCAUUGUCGUCUGAAAUCACACAUGAGAACACACACUGGAGAAAAACCUUUUUCUUGCUCAGAAUGUGGUAAAGGUUUUACACGAAGUCAACAUUUGAAAGUACACAUGAGAACACACACUGGAGAAAAACCUUUUUCAUGUUCAAUCUGCGGUAAAGAUUUUACUCAGAGGUACGAUUUGAAAAGACACAUGAGAACACACACUGGAGAAAAACCUUUUUCAUGUUCAAUCUGCAGUAACGAUUUUACUCACAGGCAACAUUUGAACACACACAAGAGAAUACACACUGGAGAAAAACCUUUUUCAUGUUCAAUCUGCGGUAAAGAUUUUACUCAGAGGUACGAUUUGAAAAGACACAUGAGAACACACACUGGAGAAAAACCUUUUUCAUGUUCAAUCUGCAGUAACGAUUUUACUCACAGGCAACAUUUGAACACACACAAGAGAAUACACACUGGAGAAAAACCUUUUACUUGCUCAGAAUGCUGUAAAAGAUUUGCGCGAAAAGCAGAGUUAAAAAGACACAUGAGAAUACACACUGGAGAAAAACCAUUCAUGUGCUCAAUUUGUGGCAAAGGAUUCUCCCAGAAGGGACAUUUGGUAAACCACACAAAAACACACACUGGAGAAAAACCUUUUUCAUGUUCAAUCUUUGGUAAAGGAUUUACUCAAAGGCACCUUUUCAAAGCACACAUUAGAAGACACACAGGAGAAAAACCUUUUUCAUGUUCAAUGUGUGGUAAAGCUUUUACUCGAAGUGACCAUUUCAAAGCACACAUGAGAAUACACACUGGAGAAAAAACAUUUUUAUGUUCAAUCUGCGGUAAAGAUUUUACCCGAAGGGACCAUUUCAAAGCACAUAUGAGAAUACACAAUGAAUAAAAAACCUUUUCACUGUUAAGAAUGUGGUGAAGCUUUUGUACAAUGAAGCACUUUGAAAGUACACAUGAGAACACACACUGGAGAAAAACCUUUUUCCUGCUCAGAAUGUGUUAAAGCGUUUGUGUGAAAAAGCACAUUGAAAGUAGCCAUGAGAACACACACUGGAGACAUACCUUAUUGUAACCUGGGUGACAAAACCCCAUUAAAUAUCCUCAUUUAAAUAUCCUUUUAAAACCCCAUUGAAUAUUCUUCGUAAUUAAAUCUUCCUAUUUAAAUAAUUGUAUUUAAAUAUCCUCUCAAAACCCCAUUGAAUAUUAUUUCUAAUUAAAUAUCUUUCUAUUUAAAUAUCAUUUUACUUGAAUAUCCUAUUUAUUUUCGUGUCUUUGCGUGCGUCAUUACGUCACGCGGUCAUGUGACCUACUGCGGGAAGCAUAAAAUCCAGUAGUGGGCUGCUUCCAGGAAGAGCGAGAGGGACGUUGCUGCAGGAGCCAACUACUGAAGCCGUGGGUCGUCGUGCGAGAGUGUUUAAGUGGGAUUUAUCUGCGGAAUUGGCCAUGUUGGAUGGCGAGCUAGAGCCUGAAGCUUUAUGCCUGGAACUGAACCAACCCAACUGAAUCCACCCAACCGAGCCGGGCGGCUAGGAGGCUCCUCAGCAGCCGCUCUGUUUUUUCCCUUUGGUUUUCCAUAAGGCAAUGUGUUCAUUUCUGUCCUCCUGAACCUUCACAUUUACCCCGUUACCUUCACUAAAACCCCUCUGGACACUGCCACCACAACGUGGACUUUGCGAGGUCGUUUAAUGAACUGUCGUGUUGCGCCUAUACCAUUCUUGGUAAAAACAAGGACUGAAUCAAGUACUGUAUCACAUUGUAAAUAUUGAACGUUCUGUAAUUUAUGUUGAAAAUGUGAAUGGCCAUUCCAAUUUACAUGUCUUUUUGUUGUUGUUUUUUUUCCCUAUAAUUCUUUAAUAUAAUUUGGUACCAUUUAAACAUAAAACCUGUGUUCAGUCUUCAUU